AUGGCAAUCAGUCCGUCGAGACGGCGUUCGGCGAGUCCAUCGGCACCACAGUCGUCGGCACCGCAGUCGUCGCACAAACGCCGUCACGACACCGUCGCGUUGUCGGAGACGGCACCGCACAAACGCCCCGGCGUCUUUGGCGGUUCCGGUCUCACGGACGUCCAACGUCGCGAGUUGCGCGGUGCCCAGCGUCACUUGCACGAACAACUCGCGCAAGGCGACGCCGUGUCCGACGAUUCCUGGCGUCGACUCCACCAAGCCCGACACGACAACAACGUACUCUUCGAUCGCGUGCGAUUUACACGAGAAGCCGUCCUCGACGCCGAUAACGUCAACCUUAUUGCCAAUCAGUACGUACUCGAGGUCGAUCGCAUGGUACAGGUACCUCGCUACGACCCUUUCCGUCUCGUACACAAACUCACGCAAAAGUGUACGGCAUCCCCCCAGAAACCGGGCACGCCCUACUUUGACUGGGGCGUCCUGGGGGUUGAGUCCGGUCUCUGUUUCAACGCCUUGCCCUCGCGGGUACACUUUGCGGCCGGUGCCUUGGACGGCACCGUCGUUGCCCCCACCCGCGCCGUCGCGCAGCGCCACCGGGCGGUCGCCGAAGCCGCCGUCGAAGUACGACCGGAACACGGAACGGCAAUCGCCGACGCCAAUGCCUUGGCCGCGAACGAUCAAACACUGCAAGUCGUCAAGAAGAAACUCAAGGAACGCUGCAAGGCCGCCUACGCCGAGGCCAUUGGACUCCAACGAGCCGUCACUCCGCAAGAUCAACAACGCGCCAAACAAGCGAUCCAAAUUGACGCCAUUCCAUUUCUCAUCAAUCCCAAGUCCUUUACACAGUCCGUCGAAAAUAUCUUUCACUUGUCCUUUUUGGUCAAGAAAGGCGAAGCCGAAAUCGGCACCCGCCCGCCCCUCGGUGACGCCCAGCCACACCCGAAUCAGCAACAACAACAACAACAACAGUUCCCCAAGGCCGGAUUGUUCGUUCAGGCCCGCAGCAAAACCGAAGCCGUCGAUCAAGGCACCCAAGCCGUCCUGCCCUUUACCAUGCGCGACUGGCGGCGUCUCGUGGCCGCCCACCGUAUCGUUCAAGGCGAUAUUCCGCACCGGACCGGCAGUCUCACGACUCGUCGGACCCACACCAAUGCCUAG